AUGUCAUCAACAACAACCAGUCACCAUUUCAACUCUACCCCUCUUACCUGCUUUGACAGAAUGUUUCCCCUUCUAUACCCCGAGCUCCGCCUGUACAUAUUCGACUUGACUCGUUUCCACUACCCGCCUCGAAUGGUUCACUAUGACGCUCGUAAGAUAUGGGGAUCUUCACUUCCAGUCACACUUCUGCCUGGUCAAAGCAGAGGGCGUUUGCCUCAUCAAAAUGAGGAUACAAUGGAUCAGCAUAAAUACACUAUGAUCCUUCGAGAGCCUGAUCUUAGACGUCUUCCCCCUUGUUUUCACGUCUGCCGAGAAGCUCGGCAGCAAUGUUACAGAAAUUUCACUUGGUUAGGGAAUGGUGUUUGGUUCGAUAGUGAUCGGGAAACUCUGUUUAUGUAUGACGCGUCACAUCCUGAGGCAAUUUUGCCGGAUUUUCGGCUGUUACCACCGCUGCCUCCUAUGUGUGAUAACGGAAAGAAGAAUUAUAGAGAGCUGGAUGUUGGAAGGCUGAGGUAUAUCGUUAUGGAUGAGGCUACUAGGAGGAGAUUCAUCACUGUCAAAGGUGGGCCCGCCUGGCAGGGUUUGUUCGGGGUGUUAAUGAAGAGCUUGGUUGAAGUCUAA